UAGGGUAAAGCUGCAGACCCGGAGACUGCAGUUUUAGGACCGCUGCAGAUUCAGGACCGCUGCAGUUCUAGGACCCUACUCUGCCGCCUAGCGACAUGAGUGAUUAUUACACAGUAGGCGGGACCAGCGAGAGAGGGAGUGAGUGGGGUGCAGGUGUAUGCUAAAGGCUUUUCUCCUCAUAGCUGUUGUCGUCGUCGAAUUGUGUGGCACAGUUUGGUGCACGAUGGAGUACAGUCGGAAUAUGCAUAUAACAAUUCAAGAGGGUCGAGCUAUGCCUAAACUGGAAAGAUGCACCACAUGCUGCAAAAAGUUCCACUGCCCAUUUUGCUCUUCAUCUUUGUUCAACCCAACAAAGUUAAGCAAAGUCAAAACCCAUUUAGAAAGCCAUUUCAGCCGAGCUGUUUUCCAAAAAGAGUACACCAUUCACAGAUGUGGAUUAAAGUGCAGACCACAAUUGCAUUACCAUUGUAUCCACUGCCAGUCAACGCUGUCACGUAAAGCAGACUUCAUUAAACAUGUGUCCUUGUGCAAGGAGAAGGACUCUUCUGUACCCCACAUCCCAGCUAAAACUAACCCCACCACCCCUGCUCCAAAAACCACCACCACCCCUGCUCCAAAUACGACCACCACCCCUGCUCCAACAACCACCACCACCCCUGCUCCAAAUACGACCACCACCCCUGCUCCAACAACCACCACCACCCCUGCUCCAAUAACCACCACCAUUCCUGCUCGAAUAACCACCACCACCCCUGCUCCAAUAACCACCACCACCCCUGCUCCAGCAACCAUCACCACCCCUGCUCCAAUAACCACCCCCACCCCUGCUCCAGCAACCAUCACCACCCCUGCUCCAAUAACCACCCCCACCCCUGCUCCAGCAACCAUCACCACCCCUGCUCCAAUAACCACCCCCACCCCUGCUCCAAUAACCACCACCACCCCUGCUCCAACAACCACCACCACCCCUGCUCCAAAUACGACCACCACCCCUGCUCCAACAACCACCACCACCCCUGCUCCAAUAACCACCACCAUUCCUGCUCGAAUAACCACCACCACCCCUGCUCCAAUAACCACCACCACCCCUGCUCCAGCAACCAUCACCACCCCUGCUCCAAUAACCACCCCCACCCCUGCUCCAAUAACCACCACCACCCCUGCUCCAACAACUUCCACAAUGUGGAGUUUGAAUAUUAAAAAAGAAAUGUCAAAUAUUAAUAUAUUUUUUUGUAUCUCUUUCUCUAUCUCUUCUUUCUUUCUCUCUCUUACAGAAGUUGUUGCGAUCCAAGUCCCUGGAUAAAAAAAAACAAUGUUAAUGUGUG